AUGCGCUCCUUCCAAACCGCAACCCGCGCCGGCCACGCCGCCACCGUGCGCCGCCAGGCUCUCCGAGUCCGAGCUCCCCGCCAUGCACGUUGCCAAUCUACCUCGUCGCCCACCGGCCCAAACAGCACCGGCAGCGCCGGUAGCACCGGUAGCACCGGCAGUGGCGGCGGUGGAUCAGGCGCCCUCACCGGCGCCGCCGCCGGCGCCGCCUCCGCCCUGGCCGUCGGCUACACGUGGUACCACUUCUCGGGCGCAAAGUCGGCGGUGCAGACGGCGAACCAGACGCGCAGCUACCUGCAGUCGGGCGUGGACAAGGUCAAGUCGAACACGCCGGAGCCCAACGAGGCGAUCAAGUACCUGCGCGACGCCGCGUCGUCGUACGCCGCCUUCGUGCCCGGCGCCAAGGGCUACGUCGACGGCGCCUUCGAGCAGCUGGACCGCGUGCGCGAGAAGCACGGCGACGAGGUGGACCGGCUGGUGCGCGACGCGUGGAGCGAGCUGCAGGACGUGGCGCACAAGGGCAGCGUGAGCGUCGAGAGCGCCACCAAGGCGUGGGCGGUGCUGCAGAAGUACCUCACGCGCGUCGGCAAGCUCGCGGGCGAGGCGGCCGAGGACAUCGUCGAGCAGAACCCGAAGCUGAAGGAGAAGCUCGGCGGCAGCUUCGACCAGCUCAACGGCCUGGCCGACAAGUACGGCCCCGCGGCGAAGAAGCAGGUCGACGAGACGUGGGACCAGAUCCGCGACCUCGUGAGCGGCGGCGUCGGCGGCGACACGCCGGACAAGAUCAAGAAGCUCAUCGAGGACACGAAGAAGCGGCUGAGCAAGGCGGGCGACGAGGCGUGGACCAAGGGGCUGGAGCAGGCGAAGCCGUAUCUCGACAAGAACCCCAAGGCGAAGGAGCUGCUGGAGAACAACGCCGAGGCGCUGAAGCAGGGCGACGUGAGCGAGCUGUGGGAGACGGUCAAGAACAACAGUGACGUGGAGAAGCUCGAGGAGCAGGUUCAGCGGCAGGUGGACAAGGUCAAGACCAAGGGCAUGGGUGGCUUGGAGCAGUACGUCAACAUGGUGCCGGGCGGCAGUCAGAUGCUGCCCAAGCUGCAGCUGUUGCAGGAGGUGGGCCAGAAGCGCGGCAAGGAGGCCGAGCAGCUGCUCAAGGAGACGGGCGACGAGAUCAUGCAGGUGUUGAACAAGAAGUCGGAGAAGGCGAAGCAGCUGCUCGACGACGCGAAGAAGUCGUCGUCGCGGUGA